GAAAGAAUCCCUUCAAAACGAAACCCCCAAACUCCGGUGUUCUCAAAGAAUCCCUUGAAAACGAAACCCUGAACUCCGUUGUGUCCUUUUUCAUUUACUGCAACUGUUUCACAGUUCGAUAUUUUCUAAGCAUAUAUGGAGUAUUCACCUGCAAGGAGUUCAGCUUCAUCAAGCAACUCUGUUGAUGGGGGAAGCAAGCCGGAAUCUCAUGAUCAGAGAUGUGCUGAGUAUAAGUGUGGCUGUGGUCUCACACCGGCAAUCCGAACAUCCUUUACGGUCCAAAACAUGGGCAUGAGGUUCCGCUGCUGUCCAAAGAAAAAGGAUGCAUGCCCCUACUUCCAUUUUAUGCCUGGUGAGCAAAGGAUGCAGGGUCGUGCCUUGGAACUCAUCCUCAUUUUAAAAGGAAGAGAAUCAAAAGCUGUUAAAGAGAAAGACAAAUUGAAGCAAGAAAUGGCUGCGCUUUUGCAGGAAAAAGGAUGAAUCAGUGAUGAAAAUAACAAAUUGAUGCGCGAAAACCUCAAUCUAGUAGAAGAAAACGUCCAAUUGAAGGAUGAAAGCGCAUUUAUGGGUAGGACGGUAAGAGCUUUGGAGAAGAAGGUGAGGAAAGUUGAGAAGAAAUGCUCACGUGUGAACAUUGUCAGUCUUUUUUUUUUAUUAUUAUUAUUUUUAUCAUAGGAUUCACAGCUACAAUUAUCAAAAAAAAAAAACCCUAAGUUCAUU